CUAAUGAUAGAAAAGAAUUCUGGAGUCGAUCAGAUAACCCAGCUGCUGACAAAGCUAAUUUGAAAAUGCUUUAUGAACUUGGAUGCUUAAAAGCUGAUUUAAAAGAUUCGGAGGGUUCGAAUAAUAUUAUUACUAAUCAUGAGCAUGAAGAUAUUUUCUGGAAUAGCUUUCGAAGUGCCUUAACAUCUAAUAAACGUGGGGGGAAUGGAAAAACACAAGCCUUAUCUAUUAUAGCAAACCAAUUUGAAUAUUUACUAUUACAUGAAAAACUUCAGGUAAGUAUGAAUGCGAUAAAUUUGGCACAGAAACAUUCUCGGUUAUAUAGACCUGGCGCACCACAAAUUAAAGGACCAAAGAAACGUAUUGAAAGAAUGGCUGAAAUUAAGGAAAAACAAUUUUUAGCAUUUUUUCAAGAUAAAAAUAAUGUUGCACAAAGUUCUUAUAAAAUCGACACAAAAACUGGAAUUCCUAUCUUAUAUAUGCAAGAUCAAAAACAAGCCCUAUAG